CCCCGCCCCAGUGGAACCCGCGGGGGGAAUCUGGUGACUGAGCGAGAGCGCGGCCGUGAAGAGGCGCAUCUGAGCGGAUCGAAGGGUUCCAGAGGUCACUGCAGGAAGCUGAGCGGGCAGAGCACUUCUGGCCGGUCCUGAGCCAUGCUGCUGAUGAUAGUGCCCUUGCUGGCUCUUGUCACCCAGGGGCUGGCCCUAGACAAUGGGCUCCUGAAGACGCCACCCAUGGGCUGGUUGGCUUGGGAACGCUUCCGCUGCAACAUCAACUGUCAAGAUGACCCACAGAACUGCAUCAGCGAGCAGCUUUUCAUGGAGAUGGCUGACCGGUUGGCACAGGACGGGUGGCGGGACCUGGGCUACAAAUACCUCAACAUCGAUGACUGCUGGAUUGGUGGCCGGGAUAACCAAGGCAACCUGGUGGCUGAUCCCAAGCGCUUCCCCAAUGGGAUCCCUUUCCUGGCUGACUAUGCUCACUCCUUGGGGCUGAAGCUGGGCAUCUACGCAGACCUGGGCAACUUCACCUGCAUGGGUUACCCAGGCACCACGCUGGACAAGGUGGUUCAAGACGCACAAACCUUCGCCACGUGGCAGGUGGACAUGCUGAAGUUGGAUGGCUGCUACUCCACCUCCCUGGAGCGGGCCCACGGGUACCCCAAGAUGGCUGCUGCCCUGAAUGCCACUGGCCACCCCAUUGCCUUCUCCUGCAGCUGGCCAGCUUAUGAGGGGGGCCUCCCCCCAAAGGUGAACUACACCACGCUGGCCAAGACCUGUAACCUGUGGCGUAACUAUGAGGACAUCCAGGACUCCUGGAGCAGCAUGCUCAACAUCUUGGACUGGUUCGUGAGUCACCAGGACGUCCUGCAGCCUGUGGCCGGCCCUGGGCACUGGAACGACCCUGACAUGCUGCUGAUUGGGAACUUUGGCCUCAGCUUCGAGCAAGCCCAGUCCCAGAUGGCUCUGUGGACAGUGCUGGCGGCGCCCCUGUUCAUGUCCACCGACCUGCGGACCAUUUCCGCCAGGAACAUGGACAUUCUGCAGAAUCCACUCAUGAUCAAAAUCCACCAGGACCCCCUUGGCAUCCAGGGGCGCAGGAUUCUCAAGGAGAAAUCCCAAAUUGAGGUGUACCUGCGGCCACUGUCCAACAAAGCCAGCGCCCUGGUCUUCUUCAGCCGGAGGAUGGAUAUACCUUACCACUACCAGUCCUCCCUGGCCAACCUGAGCUACUCCAGCACCUACAUCUACGAGGUCCAGAAUGUCUACACGGGUGAAACCAUCAGUGGCCUCCGUGCCUAUACUAACUUCACAGUGGUCAUCAACCCUUCAGGGGUGGUAAUGUGGUACGUGUACCCCACCAAGAACCCUAACACAUCCUGGCUGUGAGGGGCAGUCUGUGCGGCAGCGGCUGUGGUGGUACCAGGUCCAGACCAUGUGCGGAGCGUCCGCAUGUCCAGGGACAGCGGGGAGGGCUUGCUGCUCCCACCUCCGCUUGGCGUCCUGACCCCAGCAUACCGGGUCCCCCCUCAGAGCCAGGCACCACCAGGUGUCCACUGUGAACAGGUUGGGGACUUGUCUCCCGGCCUCCGCCUUGUCUCGGUGGCCCUGCAGACCCCACUGAACACCUCAGCCAGCCCCCUGAGCCCUGUGGGAGCCCAGCCUCUGAGCUUCUUGCCGACUUUGAAAUCAGGACUUGUUUGUCUCAGAGGUCUGACCCCUGUUGGGGUGUCCCUGAGCUGUGUGAUUGGCCUUCCUGCCUGAAGAAAGCCCUGCGGCAGGUUGGUGCCACAGGGUCAGAGGAGACGCGAGCCCCUUGGGGCCACCAAUAAAGCUGUUCUCGAGUC